UUCUCAAACUGAAAUCAACCCUAUUCUCUCUUUCUCCACUCCCUACCGCCGCCUCCUCUCUCUGACUCUCUCUCAAACUGUCAAGAUAUCCGAUCUCCUCUCCUCUCUCAAACAUCAAGACCUCCAGUCCAGCUUCCCAUCGCCACGACUCCUGACCUCCGCUCCCACCGCCAGCCUGAGCCACCUCCGCUCCCACGGUCCCACCGCCAGCCGUGAGCCGCCUCCGCUGAUUUUGGUCCAAAGGUAUUUGUGGGCAUAGAAGUGAUUUUUAACAAUCAAAUCUAUUUAUUAGUCAUGGGAUCUCUGGGUGGCUAAUACCUGGCAAAAUCUUCCCUCGACAUUUGACCGGCACGUGAUCUGAGUAUCAAUUUAUAGGUCAACAUGCUAUUUACACUUGCACAUUCUCCAUUGCAUAAGAAUUUGAUGUUCGUUUAACUAUAUUUGGUGUUUUGGGUGUUCUGAUAUUUAAUUUAAGCAGAAUGUGGGUAAUAAUUGACAAAAUUGAUUGUGGUCGAGUGUGUUUGGGGUUUUAAUAUGAAAUGCUAUAUGUGUUAUUAACUAUUCUGUUCAACAUCUCUGAUUUGUAGAGAUUAAUUGUUAGGAUUAAGAAGGAAAUUUCUCUAUAAAAUAUUAAAGACUGGGUAUCGGUUAGUGGGCAGUUCUAAGCCUUACACUAGAUGGUUUCUACGCAGGAAUAACUGCUCCAUUUAAACGUUGCAACUAGAUAAUUUGUAAAGAUACAUACAUCACCUUAAUCUCGAAAUUUUGGUUUUUUUGUUUGUUUUGAAAAAAUUAAAAGCUUUAGAUGAUAUUGAAUUGAAAGAAUAUUGUCUUAAUCUCAAAAAUGCACUAAAACAUGAUGAACAUUUAGAUAUUAAUGGACUUGAUUUGUUUUCAGAAUUGAGAGUGCUAAGGAAAUUUUAAAAGUAGAGAUUAAUAGUCCAAUUGAAGUGUUGCACUAUAUAAAACGGUUAGAUUCUUUUCCAAAUACUUGUAUUGUUUAUCGUGUAUUAUUGACUAUACCCGUAACAGUUGCUUCCGUUGAAAGAAGUUUUUCAAAAUUAAAAUUACUAAAAUCUUAUUUAAGAUCGACCAUGUUACAAGAUAGGUUGAAUGGUUUAGCAAUAUUAUCUAUCGAAAGUAAUAUGUUAGAAAAUAUUGAAUAUAAAACUUUAAUUAGUAAUUUUGCAGCUCAAAAGGUAAGAAGAAUGAGAUAAAAUAUAUUAUGAGUUGUAUCACUUAGGUCUCAUCUAAUAUUUCGCCUUGGGCCCCAAAAUUCCUAGGUACGGCCCUAUCUAUCCUUUUCAAUUAAAGAUUGGAAAUUAUGCACUGACCAUAUAAAUAUCCGUCCUUUGCUUUGUCAUCACCUUGACCAGGGCAAGCAACGAAAUGGCGUCCGCAAAGUUUCACAGUUUUAGGUUUAUUUUCCUUUGCUUUGUCCUUUGUCACAAUGCAGUGAAUGGUACAGCGAGAAAAGGAUUCACUCUGAAUGAAGCAUUUCUCAAAAAGGAUUCAGGAGAAGAAGUCGGUGUACAAGAAGGCAACCCGGAUAAAGUUUUGCUAUACCGAAGUAGAGAAGGACAAUGGGGAACCCAAGCUGAACUCGUAGUUUAUGGGUUACAAAACGUUGAACUAGGCCAAUACACUACGGCGUAUAUCAGUGUCGUUAGUGGGUUGGAUGGUUCACAGCAAGAUCUCAAUGUAAUAGUAGCCGGAUGGCAUGUACAUCCGAAGUUAUAUGGCGAUACAGAUACUCACUUUUUUACUUAUUGGACGGCCGAUGGUAACAUGACUACAGGCUGCUUGAACCUUUUAUGCAAGGGUUUUGUGCCCUCUAAUACUUUUGAAGUUCCGGGAUUCAAGAUUUGGCCACUUUCCGUUUAUAACGGAACACAAUAUGUUAUUAGAGUCAAAUUACACAAGGAUGAGGCUAGCGAAAAUUGGAUGUUGCACGUUCAAGAUAAAUUAUUAGGAUACUGGCCGAAAACAUUAUUCAAGAGUUUAUCUGUGGGUGCUCAAGAAAUCAGUUGGGGUGGAAAUGUUAACUUCGAAAACAAUCAGGGAAGCCCUCCGAUGGGAAGUGGCCGUUUUCCUGAGGAAGGUGGGGGAAAAGCAGCAGCAAUCCAGGAAAUCCAGUUUGUUAAUCAACGUGGAGAACCUUAUGAUUUGACUCCGGAUCAAGCGUAUUCUUAUGUUGACAACGAACCUUGCAUCAAGUUAGGAGAAUUAUUUCAUACAAAUAUCGGAUUUAUGUUCUAUUUUGGAGGUCCUGGUGGUUGUUAAUCUUAAAAGUUGAAUUGUAAUAUGUUCCUUUGCACCAAAAUGUAAGCAUUGGAGAGUCCUCAUUGCUAACAAAUAAAAAUCGAGAGAAUCUAAUUAUGAUCAUGAAAAUAUAUAUAUUGGAACUAAAUGAA